GGCCCGCGGGUGAAGACUUCCUGAAGUGGCCUCGGGAAACCCGGCUCGGGCGGGGCGGGAAUGCGCUAGCGGUCCGUGUCACCCACACGCUCACGCACCCUCCCUGCCUGGCCGCGCCUCUGCGACCAGGUAACCCAAUGAAAGAAGAAAAUGAAAGGCAUUAAGAAAAGUCUUACAGAAGAAUAUCUAUACUUGGACUUUUCUCACCAAAAAGAAGGGUGCAUCUUUCCUCUUCAUACAUCUAUAACUUUAUUUUUGUUAUCAUACUGUGACUGCAAAAUCUUUAAAGUUUGCUUAGUUCUCACUGGAGAAAGCACAGGUAUUUCACUACUUAAAAAUGUACUGUCUGAGGAUGUUGAAAUACAGAUUAUUUCAAGACAAGAGCUUCCACCAAUAGUCCAGAAUUGCUGUUUACCUGCAGUAGUAGAAAGACCAGACAAUUUCUGUAGAGCAGGACUUGCUGUUGUUCUGAGACACAUAAUCCAGAAAUCAUAUGAAGCAGACCCCUCAAAGAAGGAAAUUUUGGAACUUCUGGGUUUUAAGAAGACUUGCUUGAAAGCCUGUGCUGAAGUUAGUCAGUGGACCAGGCUAUGUGAACUUACCAUCCCUUUAGCUAUUGAGAAUUUUCUCAAAGAAUCUUCUGACCAGCCCCCAACUAUCCCUGCCGAAAUACUAGUGCUUGAGAAGAAGCUUAGUGAGCCCGUUAGGGUACAUAAUGAUGACAAACUCCGGCGGCAGAAGCUGAAGCAGCAGAAGGCUGCUGGGGUUAGGCCUUCCCUUGCUAAGGAAGAAACGAAGAGCAAGGUCCACAGACAGGAAACAUCUGAAGAGGUGGACUCUUCGUCGGCGAGCCUGGAACUGAGAGUGGCAUUUUCAAAGCUCACAGUACAUGAGGAAUCAGCUCCUGCCAACAGGGAGCCUGCUCACGUCAGAAAAGCGAAAGCCUCUGACCUUCCACCUCUGGACCAUGUGUUUGUAGAAGGCCUGUACUUCACUUUGGCAGAUAUUGUGCUCUUGCCCUGUAUCCAUCAUUUUUUGGUAAUUAUCUGCAAGAAACUUUCUGAAAAGCUGGUAGAAUUUCCACUGCUGGCUGCCUGGUACCAGAGAAUUCAGGAAGUGCCAAGAGUAAAAACAACAGCUUCUCAGUGUGGGAUCCAAUUUCUCAAUUUACCAGAAUUACAGACCACCUCGAAUGAACAGCAACCAAGCUUAGAUGAGGUCCCAUGUGUAGAGGAGCAAAAUGAUCCUUCAUUUAUAGGAGGACCAAGACCCACUAUGACUAAGUUAAUGGAAAAAGGCAUUGAAGUGAUGUUUUCUCCCCACCCUUGCCCUACUUGGACCCUUGAUUGGGAUACUCUUCCUGCAGCAGUGAGCCCAAAGGAAGGUAAAAUGUCCAGUGAUCGAGCUUUGAGGAAGCAGCAACAGUUAAACAACCUUGUUUAUGUGGUGACAAAUCAGGCCAAACCUGGUGACAGAAUUGUGGAUUUCUGCAGCGGUGGGGGCCAUGUUGGGAUUGUCCUUGCUCACAUGCUGCCAUCAUGCCAGGUUACAUUAAUAGAAAACAAGGAAUUAUCAUUAAUUCGUGCUAAGAAGAGAAGUGACGAACUAGGGUUAAGCAACAUUUGGUUCAUUCAAGCAAAUAUGGAGUAUUUUACAGGGACAUUUAAUAUUGGGGUGGCGUUGCAUGCUUGUGGAGUGGCAACAGACAUGGUGAUUGAGCACUGCAUCAAAACACGGGCUUCCUUCGUCACGUGCCCUUGCUGUUAUGGUUUCAUUCAGAACACCUCAAAGUUUAAUUUUCCAAAAAGUGAACAAUUCAAGAAAACGUUAUCGUACAAGGAACACAUGAUUCUAUGCAGAUUUGCAGAUCAGACAGCUGUCCAGCUUCCACCCCAACGAAGGCUCAUAGGGAAACAGUGCAUGUUCCUGGUGGAUCUGGAUCGAGCAAGAGCUGCAGAAGAACGUGGCUACUCCAUUCAAGUGAUAUCCAUGGAGCCAGAGAGCUGCUCUCCCAAAAAUAACAUGAUCGUGGGAGUCCCCAUUUAGAAUGAGAUAUUCCACGGUUGAUGUUUUGCCAUCCAUCUCUGUGAUGAAAGCCCAGUGGCAUUCAGGAGGGUCUUGGCAUAACUAGGAAACAGCAUUAGCCAUCUUGAACCUAUUGUGCUCAGGGAAGAACACAGCAGGAAAAUCUUGGAGGAAGGCUGCCUGCAAAGCAUCACAAAUGCUCUUGUAAUUGUGAUUAAAGGACUGCUGGUUUUCAUAGUAAGAAUCCCCUGAAGUCUCAGCUGCCAGCAGAGUGAUACUCACGAGGGGAGUUUCCAUUACUGGAAUAACGAUUUCUUUCUCAGUUCACAGCUUUUCUGAUCUUGCCAGUGUGGGGUUCAGUUCAAAAGAAUGUAUUUGCAGCCUUAAAAUCAUUUAGAGAUUCAAGUGGAGACCAAAACUAGACUCAGUGGGGUUUGUUUGUUUGUUUUUUAUAUUUUUAACAAUUGUACUUUUUAAAUAAUUUUUUUCAAAAAUCUAGUCAGGGGCUUCCCUGGUGGCGCAGCGGUUGCGCGUCCGCCUGCCGAUGCAGGGGAACUGGGUUCGCGCCCCGGUCUGGGAGGAUCCCGCAUGCCGCGGAGCGGCUGCGCCCGUGAGCCAUGGCCGCUGAGCCUGCGCGUCCGGAGCCUGUGCUCCGCAACGGGAGAGGCCACAACAGUGAGAGGCCCACGCACCGCAAAAAAAAAAAAAAGAAAAAUCUAGUCAGAUAGUUACAGUAUGCUUAUAUUUUUAAGCCGGGGUGAGUUGGACUUAUAUAUCAUUUCAUAUACUCCUUUUAAAUAUAUUUCUCAUAAAUUACCAAAUAAGAUCAUUGCUGGUUCAAACAUUUUAUAUGAAGAUAUUAAAUAAUUUCAGGAAAUUUCCCAUUACAGGAACAUGUAAUUUGGACUUAAAUUCUAACUAAUCAGUAAAUACAUUGAUUUAUUAAUUCAAGUCAAUAAGUAAUUGUUGCAGAUCCAUUAUUUAAAAGAUCCUGACCUAGGGCUUCCCUAGUGGCGCAGCGGUUGCGCGUCCGCCUGCCGGUGCAGGGGAACCGGGUUCGCGCCCCGGUCUGGGAGGAUCCCACAUGCCGCGGAGCGGCUGGGCCCGGGAGCCAUGGCCGCUGAGCCUGCGCGUCCAGAGCCUGUGCUCCGCAACGGGAAAGGCCGCAGCAGAGGGAGGCCGGCAUACCACAAAAAAAAAAAAAAAAGAUCCUGACCUAGAUUCGUCUAAGGAUACAAAGAUGAGUUGCAGCAGACCCAGUGCCUUGCCUGUAAGAGUAAAUCAUGUACAAGAGAAAGGUUCAUGAAUUAGUUAAGUUCUUUACAUCAUAAUAUAAUGUAUGGUCACAGGAUUUGUUUUUCAGAUACCAAUCAUUUUUUAUUUUUAUUUUUUAUUUUUUUGGUAAAACAUACUGAGUAUAAAUUGCAGGUGGAAGGAGUUGAGUAUGGAAGCUUAUUUGAGUAGUUCUCUCCACCCAAAUUGUCCUUAUUCCACCAGCCAAAGUUUUUAAAACCAGAUGGCAGGUCUUUCCUCACAUGCUGCUAAUUAUUUUUUAUGUGUCCUGGGUUAUCCCACUUGAGAUAAGAUUUAUUUCAUCAAUUUUGAUGUUUUCAACCCCCCGUAUGACACAUAUCAUGAGGAGAAAGGGCUUUAAUAAAUAACUCUUUCAUCACUGUGGAUUAAAAUACAGGAAUAAUUUAUAAAGGGGAUGGGGGUUUGAACUCUUGCUUUCUGGGAUAAAAUUAAAGAAAAGAAUUAACCAUCAGCCCUGAAUAUCUGAGUCAUUUGCACCUAUAAACACACCAUGCUCUUUUAUCCAGGGCUUUCUUUGUCAAUUGAGGAAAAAUUUACAGCCAAUAAAAUAGCAGAUUUUAAGUGUUCAGUUUGAGAAGUUUUGACAACCGUAUAUACUCAUGCAACCACCACCAGAAAUAAGAUAUAGAAUAUUUCUGUCAGUCCAGAAAAUUCUCUCAUGUGCUUUCAGUUCAAUUUCCCCCAUCCCAAAGGCAACCACUCUCUGAUUUCUAUCACCCUACAUUUGUUUUGCCUAUUUCUGUCCUUCACAUAAAUGAAGUCAUUUAGUAUAUAGUCUUUUGUGUCUGGCUUCUUUUGCUCAACAUGGUAUUUUUUGAGAAAUAUCCACUUCAUUGUGUGUAUCAAUGCUUUCUUCUUAUUCCUAAGUAGUAUCUCGUUAUAUAAAUAUAUCAAAAUGUGUUUAUCCAUUCUCUUAUUGGUAUUUAUUUGGAUUGUUUUCACUUUGAGGAUAUUAAGAAUAAGGUCUAUGAAUAUGCUUGUAUAAGUCUUUUUGUAGACAUAUAUUUUCAUUUCUCUUGGAUAAAUACCCAGUAGUAGAAUUGCUGGGUCAUUGAAGAAAUGAAUGUCAGUUGCCAAACAAUUUUCCAAAGUUGUUGUACCAUUUUAUAUUCCCACCAGCAAUGUAUAAAGGGUCUAGUUCUCUACAUCCUCACCAACAUUUGAUGUUGUCAGUUUUUUUAAUUUUUACCAUUCUGGUGGAUGUGAAAUGGUAUCUCAUUGUGGUUUUAAUUUUCAUUUCUAUGAUGACUAGUAUGUUAAGCAUCAUUUAUAAAGUGUCUACUCAAGUCUUUUGCUCAUUUUUAAAAUUAGGUAAUUUGGGGUUUUUUAUUGUUGAUUAUAUAUUCUGGAUAUGAGUCCAUUGUCAUAUAAAUGUAUUGAGACUAUUUUUCCCAGUCUGUGGCUUGCUUAUUACUCAUUUUUAUAUUGAAUGUUUCAAUUUUUAA